GGAACGGUCCUCCCGCGGCCGGCUUCGCGCAGUGGUCGCUGGCUGCUGACGUGGGCCGGCCGGGUUCGGGGCUGCAGGUGCGGGUCGUCAUGGCGGUAGACAUCACCCUGCUGUUCCGGGCCAGCGUCAAGACCGUGAAGACUCGGAACAAAGCGCUGGGAGUGGCGGUGGGCGGCGGGGUUGAUGGCAGCCGCGACGAGCUGUUCCGCCGGAGCCCCCGGCCCAAGGGCGACUUCUCCAGCCGGGCGCGCGAAGUGAUUUCGCACAUUGGCAAACUGAGAGAUUUUCUUCUGGAACACAGAAAAGAUUAUAUUAAUGCUUAUAGCCAUAUCAUGUCUGAACAUGGGAGGAUGACGGACUCAGAACGAGAUCAGAUAGACCAGGACGCUCAGACAUUCAUGAGGACCUGCUCAGAAGCAAUUCAGCAGCUAAGGAAUCAAGCCUGCAAGGAGCUCCAUUCCCAGCAAGUGAAGGAGCACCGCGGCGCCGUCGUCGACUUCAUCGAGGACUACUUGAAAAGAGUAUGUAAACUUUACUCAGAACAAAGAGCCAUCCGAGUUAAACGAGUGGUGGACAAGAAAAGAUUAUCCAAGCUGGAACCAGAAGCAAAUCCAAAGACCAGAGAAUCCAUGUCCUCUGAGAAAGUUUCAGAAGAUCCUUCAAAAGACUCUGAAGAAAAACCUGCCACUGAAGACUAUCCAGAAAAGAUUCCGAUGGAGCCACAGCCCGAGUUGGGAACCUGGGGAGAUAGCAAAGGCGAAGAUGAAUUAUCCCCAGAAGAAAUACAAAUGUUUGAACAAGAAAACCAGCGCCUCAUCGGUGAAAUGAACAGCCUGUGUGACGAAGUGAGGCAAAUUGAAGGGAAAAUGGUUGAAAUUUCCAGACUCCAAGAGAUAUUUACAGAAAAAGUUUUACAACAGGAAGCCGAGAUUGACAGCAUCCACCAGCUGGUCGUGGGCGCCACGGAGAACAUCAAGGAGGGCAACGAGGACAUCAGAGAGGCCAUUAAAAACAACGCGGGCUUCCGAGUGUGGGUGCUCUUCUUCCUGGUGAUGUGCUCCUUCUCCCUGCUCUUCCUCGACUGGUACGACAGCUAGGCGUCAGCGCGUGGCCGUGACCAGGUUCUACCAGAGGCAUUGGGGGGAGGGGGGCUGAGACAGGCGGGUGCACAUUCACACAAGGGACACCCAAACCCGCUGCUAGCUGGAAAAACCAACGCACACAGACUUGGCGUGGCAGGCACGAGGCCAAGUGGACAGACGGCAGGGGCCGUUCCUGUGUCUGACCGGGGGCUGCUGUGCAGGGUUUGCCCGGGCAGGGCCCAGGGGGUCUCCCUCUCCACCAGCCAGCUGCGGGGGUUGGCGCAGAGGCGACAUGACCUCCCUCCUGAGGCCUGACUUCCUGCCUUCGGGCCAACGAGCUUCUGUCCAGAGAAGGAUGGGGCCCCCGCCCCUCGAGGAAGGCCUGACCACAGGGGAAUCACGGGGCAGCCGGAGCCCUGUCCGUUCACAGCCUGCUGGGGCCACGGGCCACCUCAGCCCCCACUGAGCGGUGCGGACAGCCCCGCGCUGCUCCUUGCAAAUGCACGCUGUUCAGACGGCCCCUCGGGCAGCCAUGGGGACCCUUGUGUUCUUUCUGUGCACAGAGGAAAAUGUCAGGAGUCACGUGUGAAUGAACUACCAAUAAAGGACCUGUCUACCAGAAAA